AUUUUGAUCACGUGACAACAUAUAACAAACAUGGUGGAAGUUCCAGUGAACAUGAAGUGGAAAGUUUUGAACUAAAUUAUAAACUCAGAGCAGAAAUCUUCACCAGACAUGGCUUCUCAACAAGCAGUUGACUUGCCAGUGACAACUGAGGCCGGGGGAGAAGGAAACGAUACAGAGACCAAGCUGCAGGAUGGAACUCCAGCCCCCACCUCAACCGCAGCCCCAACGCAAGAGAUAACUCCGUCAAGGAGAUCCUCGAGAAAGAAACAGAGCACUUUUAGCAGCGACUUUGAGUAUUACACCCCAACAGGCAGAAAGAAGGAGAUUAAAGAUGAAGAUUUGUCAGACAGGGCAAGAGCAUUGGCAGUUUCUACAGCAGCAGCGGCCAAGGGAAAGAAACAGGGAAAAGCUGAGACCAAAGAGGAGCCAACUGGAGGAGAAGGGGAUGAAAAUGAGGAGGAGGAGGAUACAGACAAAAAGAAGCCAAUGAAGAGAAAGGUUGCAGUGCGAAAACAGCCAAAGGGGAGGAAAGCAAAGCAGGAGCAGGAUGAGGAGGAAGAAGAAGAAGAAGAAGGAGAUGAGGAAGAAGAAGAAGAGGAAGAGGAAGAAGUGUCGAAGCCCAAAAAGGCAAAGCCAGGUGUGAAAGUAAAACCCAAAGUAGCUGCUAAAAAAACUCCUCCUAAAGGAAACAAGGGGAAAGCAAAGAAAAAGGUGCAAAAAAUGGAAGAGGAGAAUGAGGAUAGUGAAGAAGAUGACAGUGAAGAGGAAACUUCCCCUAAACCCAAACCAGCCAAAAAGAGGAAGAAAGUCACCCCAAAGGCAGUGGUAAAAAGCAAAAAGUCCAAGGCGAGUAAAGUGAGAGAGAAUGCAGAGGAGGAGGAAGACACAUCGGAUGAAGAUGAGGACACACCGAUCUCCAAGCUCAAGGCGCAGAUAGCCCAAGAAAAGCCGACCUCAGCUCCCACGCCUGUGUCACCAGUGGCCAAAAAUCUAAUGAAGAAGCUGAAAGAGACUGAUUCUGACUCCUCUCCUAGUCCGAAGAAAGUUCUGAAGUCGAUUCAGAAGAUCAAGGGCGGUGCUGGAGGUGGGGGCCAGACAAAUGCUGGAGACAAAAAACUUGCUACGUCGGCGAAAAAGGCAGGAGCAGGAAAACGACCUCCAUCCCCUGAUGCAGGGCUUAUCAAACGAACUGCUGCUGAGAUUCUUGCGAAGGCAGGGUUUUUGAAAAAGCCUGACCCCUCUGCGUUGAAAAUGGAAGAGGAAUCUAUAUCUCCCAUAAAGACUGAGACAGAAAAAGAAGGAGAUUCAAAGAAGAAAGUGAAAAUAGAAAGUGGAGUAAAGAAGGAAAACUCCACGAAUGCCAAGUCUGCUGACAGUCAGCAAAGUGUUAAAAAGGAAAGUGUAAAGCCAGAGAAGAAGCUUGUCACAAAACCUAAACAAGAGAAGGGUGCUCAUGUGGGAGAUGUAAACUCAGGUGUGAGUAAAGUGAAAAGCUUGUCUAGUCAUUCUUCAGAGAAAAAUAAGACAAAAGUUGUUAACAAAAGUAGUGCAGUAUCUAAAGAUUCUGCUGUGAAAAUGAAAUCUGGUAUUGCAAAAUCGGCACAGAAAGACAUUAAAGGUGAAUUGAAGAAGAAAAAAGUGGUUGUGAUGAGCACAUCAGAUUAUGUACAGAAGAAAGUUAUUGGACCAGAUGGGGUAGUUAAGAAAAUUCUGGUGAAGAAACGUCCAGAUCAGGUGAAGAAAGUAGUGGGGACUUCAGAAAAACCCAAGGAAAAGUCAAAAGACAAUCAAAAGAAAUCUAUUCAAGAUGCUAAAAAAAUCCCAUCCAAAGGUGUUGAUGACUUAUUGAAAAGGGGAAUGAUUGUAAAGAAGAAAAGCCACCAGCCUUUUGGAAAAAAGAACAUUACGGUCAAAUCUGCGGGAAAAGAGAAAGUAGAUUCAAAGCAACCUGAGAAACAAGUGGGUGACACAGCGAAGAAGAAAGCUCAGGAUGGAGAAAGGAGAAAGUCAAGUGAUCAAGGGAAGUCGAGGGAUCGGAGCCAUUCUCAAAGUGAACGCAGGAAGUCUUCGGAAGGUGGGAAAAAGUCUGAGAGUGGCUCGCAUAAGCGGCGGGUCAGUUCGGUUGAUAACGAUAAAGGAGACGGAGGAAAGAAAGAUGGAAACGGUGAGGAGGGUCCACCGCCAUUGCUGCCUCCCGGGAAACCUGCGAAGCACAAGCACCACAAGGCAGACCAUGAUGUUCCAGUCGACAUGACCAUGAACGAUUUGUUCAAGCCAGAUGGGUUGAUUGUUCGGGACAACCAAAAGAAAGAGGAGGAGAAGAAAGAGGAAGAGAAGAAAGAGGAAGAGAAGAAAGAGGAAGAGCAGAAGGCACAAGAAUCCCAGGGUACAAGUUCAUCUCCAUGCAAGAGUCAGUCUUGGCACCCGGUAUUGAUGGAGCAUCAGUAUUCCAAACCCUCAUCCCCUGUGGGAACGGGCGAGUCAGAGGGACAGAAGACGCAAGGCACGGUCCGAUCCUCCGAGGUUCACGUGAAAGAGGACAUAGAGAGCGUCUCGCACGGGGGCGGAUCGGUCAUCAUGGACGUCAACCUGCCUGACCAGAUCUUGGAGGAGACGGAGGAAGUGACCUCCGCAGAGAAUUUCACGGAGACGUGGCCGGAGAACAUGCAGGAGCUGCAGCAGAUGGUAACCAAAAAGGAGGUUGUUUCCACUUCCCAAGAACGACCGUCUAUCUUGGAGAGUCUAGACUCUGAGCUGAAGGAGAGUGGGACGGAAUUUCUCAUCGUGGGUCAGGUGGAGGUGGGCCGCUUGCCCGUUGCUGCAUCACAAGAAGUUUCGGCGGUUCAAGAAGUAAACAAUGAGGAAGAGACAGCUGCACCUGUUGUGGUAAAAACUGUGGCAGAUUCUGUCACUGUCUCGUCUGGAGAGAAACAACAUAUUGGGAAAACGGAGAAAAGCAGCAAAGAGGACAAAGAUUCUUCAAAGAAAAAGCACAAAGAUGGGAGCAAACGGUUGGAAAGGCGGAAGUCGAGCUCAGAUUCUCAGAAGUCGGGUGCAGAGAAAAGAAGUAAUUCCACUGAUGCAGGAACAGCAAAAGCCAAGGACAAAAGAAGCAAGAAAGAUGGCAAACAAGAGGAGGAUGGAGACAGUGACGAAGAAGACGUUGCCUUUGAGGAUGAUGAGAAUGAUUUUGACUGGGAGCCAAAUGAUCCGGACACUCUGUACUGCAUUUGCCAAAAGCCUCACAACAACAGAUUCAUGAUCUGCUGUGACAAGUGCGAGGAGUGGUAUCACGGCACAUGUGUGGGCAUCACAAGGGCACGGGGGAAGGAGAUGGAGGAGAAUGAAGAGGAUUAUGUCUGCCCCAUAUGUCUGAAGGGAGAAGGGAGCCCUGCAGCUCAGGAGAAAGCCACGUCCCCUGCUGUAUCGAAACCUACGGAAAAGGUUCUAGUGCCACCUGCUCCCAGCAAACCAAAGCCUGCUCCGAAGUGCGUUGGCCGUAAAUGUGAGAGGGCUCCAAGGUCAGGGUCGGUGUACUGUAGUAAUGAGUGCAUCAUGGCCCAUGCCCAGGACUCUCUGAAAUCUAUCAGGGAGGAGCAGAUGAGGAAAAAGAUGCUGGAAAGACAGAAGUCAUCGUCGGACAGUAGCGAGAAGCCGUCAUCAUCCUCAUCUUCUUCAUCCAAGAACCAGAUCUGGUCAUCAUCAGAUCCAGUGGACGUGAUAGAACGCAAGACGGGCAAAACGCUGACAGGCAGCAAGGCUCCAACGCAGAAAAAUCUGCACAGGUGGCUGGAGCAGCACCCGACGUACGAGGUUCUGCGAGACAAGCACAGGAGCUCUUCAAAGGAUGGCAGAAGCAGAGAUAAAGAUCGCUCAUCUGAAAAGGAUAGAAAGUCAUCAUCAGACAAGGACAGGAAGUCAGACAGAGAUGGCCGCUCUCAACAUGGAGAUAGGUCGCAGAAAGACAGCAGUAAAGAUUCUGGAAAGAAAAUAGAGGAAAGACGUCGCAGCUCGACUCACAGUUCAAGCACACCUUCAAAGACGGAGGACAAACGUGACGAUGGUCCCAAUCAAGUUCGGAUCAAUGUCAGAACUGCUCUGAGAGAUUCCCUAACAGCCAGAGCCCACGAAGCUGAUGACAUAAUGCUGUCUAGUACUGAGAUCAAAUCUCUAGCUGUGGUGAUAGAAGAGGAGCUCUUUGCCCUGUUCAACGACACGGGCCACAAAUACCGCACCAAGUACCGCAGUCUGAUAUUUAACAUCAAAGAUAAGAAAAAUAAGGGUUUAUUUAGAAAAAUCUUGACGGGCAAGAUCAAACCAAGCAAACUGGUACAGAUGAGCACAGAAGAUUUAGCAUCCCGUGAAUUGGCCAAAUGGAGAGAGAAAGAGAGCAAGCAUCAAUUAGAGAUGAUAGAACAGACAGAGAAAGAAGCCUUGAAGGAGAGUAUGGGAACAAAAUCGCUACGAAAGAAGACGCACAAAGGAGAAGUAGAGGUGGAGGAUGAGGACUUGAGUAUAUUAGAGACGCGACUAGAAGAAAAGAAAGAGCCUGACCCGGAGGCGACGGAAGAACAGAUGCAGGAACCGGCCAUAGACACCACGGACCAGCACAGGGCUCAUCUCUUUGACCUCAACUGUAAGGUGUGCACGGGCAAGAUUGUCCCCGGCCCUGAGGAACAGGCUGCUCUCGCCGCUGCCACAAAGUUAAAACCAGUGAAGAUGGAGAAUGAAGUGAAACCUAAGGAAGAGGAAGAAGAAGUACCGGUAGUGAAGGAGGACUACGCCAAAGCGGAGGAGAUCGUGAAAGAGGCCCUGACCAAGAUGCAGCGGGCCAGCGAGGAGAUUUCUGCCCUGAGAGAGCGAUCCCCGUCACCAGAGCCCGGCCCGAGAAGCCCACCACUCAGUCCGAAGGAAGAAACCCCGCCUCUACCGGUGGAAGAGUCACCAUCUACGACAUCACCCGCCAUGGCUGCCGUGUCUUCUCCUACUUCAUCUUCAUCUUCGUCGUCCGCUAGGAAAAAAGUGGUGGUCAGGUCUCCCGACUCUGCCCUUCAGUCGGGCCUGGAGGCCAAACCAAAGUACACCCCCACGGGGCCCAUGUUGUGGAAAGGUUUUGUCUCCAUGCUGGAUGUGGCCAAGUUUUUCACCUCUGCUUACAGGGUCUCUGGCCCUACUGAUCAUGUUACCAUGCCAGACACAGUCCACAUCAUGGGAAGAAUUUCACCGGACCACAUGUGGGACUACUUGUCGAAGAUUCGUCAAGCUGGUUCUAAGGACCUGACAGUGAUCCGCUUUAUCCCGGGAAGUGAUGAUGAGAAGGUGGCCUACGUGCAUCUGUACUCGUACUUAAACAGUCGCAGCCGUUGUGGUGUGGCUGGCAAUCCCAACAAGCAAAUCAAAGACUUCUACGUGGUGCCCCUUGCAUCGCAUAGCAAAAUACCUCGUACUCUCCUGCCGUUCGAUGGCCCAGGCCUGGAGGAAAAUCGACCUCACAUGCUGAUCGGCAUCUUGGUGCGUCAGAGGGGCAAGCACAGCUCUGACAACGGAGAGUCCAACAGCAGCAGCAGCAGUAGCAGCAGCAAACAUACCAGCCAGAGCACCAGCAAACGCAGCAGCAGCAGCAGUAAUUCAGCAGGUGUAAGCAGGGACCCCAGGCUGGCUAAAUUAGCCAAGAAAAAAGAAUCCAGCCCCAAAGCUAGCCCAACUGGCAGCAACAGCAGCAGCAACAGCGUGAGCAACUCAACAGACACCAAGGCCAAAUCUGAGCCGGAAGAAUACGAACCGGAGUACAUUCCUUCAGUCAAAACUAAAGCUGUAACCAAACCAGUGGCAGAAUACAUACCCACACCGACCGCUAAGUCGAAAGAUAAGGAAGAUAUAAAGGAUAAAAGUAGUAUCCCAGCUGAGGCUCCCAGCGGCGAGGAUGGUGGUGGUGGCGGCGGCAAAGAGAAACAGCAUCACCAUGGAAACGAGAAACCCCAUCAUCACCACCACCACUCCUCUCAUCACUCUCAUCAUCACCACCAUCACCGUCAUCCUAAGAAGGCAGAGCCCAAAGAAUUGGAUGAAGACGAUGAUGAGCCGUAUUCUCCGGGCAAAGAAGCCGAGCCCUACUCCCCUGGUCAAGAGGCGGCCGCGGAGGAGCCGUAUGAUCCGGAGGACGAGAACCUGAUGGACGACACCGGGGUGCCCAUAGUGCCGGCGGUGGUCACCAUGGCAACGACUCCCGCCACUCCGGCUUCUGUCACAGCCGCGCCCGUCACUAGUGCCGCCGAGGCCAUCACUGUCGCGGCAGGGGUCAAGGCCACAGCGGGGGUCAAGGCCACAGCUGGGGUGACGGCCAGUGCCACCGGCACCAAAGUGUGCCAGGCUAUGGAGAGCCUGGUGGCCACCAGUGUCAGUGGUGUGAUGGCUGCCAAGGCUGAGGGAGGAAUUGUGGCUGGCGGGAUCACGUCUCGUACUUCUGCCGCAGCCACGGAGUCCACGAGUGACCUGGUGGAGCAGAUGGCCCAGAGCAACAAGCCGAGCGAGAUCUCUGCCCUGAUGGUCCGAGCCCUGGCCACGGCCAGCACACCGCAGGAGCAGCAGAAGCUUUUGGUGGAGCUCACCAAGCAGGUGGAAGAGCGUAAACUGCAGCUAGCAGAAGCUUCACACAAGAGCAGCCCUGUACAAGGUAGAGGACCAACCACACAGGGAGGAGGAGGGGAAGCUCAUCACAAGCAGAAAGACGGACCCGACAAGAGCUCAUCAUCAUCGUCCAGUUUGACGGAAAGCUCUGAGGCCAGCGCUUCUGUAAAGGAGGGUAGUGACAGGUCCAGUCAGAAGACACUUGGUGGUGGUACGGAUGACAAAUCUGCUUCUGCUAUAGCCAUCAAUGCCAAUGUUCUAUCCUCCUCCUCUUCUUUCUCCUCUUCCUCCUCCUCGGCUGGCGGAACCGUAUUAUCAUCAUCCGUUACCGGCCAAGGGAGUGACCCAACUGUUCGUACUAGUCAUUUGUCCAGUGCUGCUGGUCCCACAUCUCUUACAAGCUCGGGACUUGGACCAUCUUCGUCAUCUGUCACACCCACAGUACACCUGGCCACAACUUCUGCAUCAUUGUCCUCCUCGUCCUUGCCUCCAUCUUCGUCGGAAAAGUCAACUGUAUCAAUAUCGGACACAAAAGACAAUUGUGGUGUUGGGGGCGUGAAAUUCUCAUUCAGCAAAUCGAAAACACAAACCUUGAACUCGAAAGCUGCUGACAUAUUUAGUAGUGCAGAGUCUACGGAACCAAAAAAGCCAAAAGUUUCCUCGAUAUCCGAGAAGAAAGAUGAGACACAGUUUUCUCCAAGUCCAUCAUCAUCAUCGUCGUCAAAAUCUGCCCCAUCUGCGACUAGUAGCAGCAUUGUUAGCUCCUGUGUUCCAUCAUCAUCGUUAUCAUCUGGUUCAUCUGUGCCCCCUGCAGGGAUGCCGGACGCCCUGAAGGCUCUCAUGGAAGAUGUGAUGGGGAACAGUCAGGUGUCUUCAUUAGAUCACCGCAGAAAGAUGUUGUUAAAGAAAGAGAUGGUUAAAUCUGAGAAACUCGCGAAAGAAGCGGAAGAGAAGAAAGCUGUUUCCGAUGAACAGUCGGAGGAGAAUCAAAGUGUAGUGACAACCGAGACGAAAACGGAUCAGCGAGAUGAGGAUUCGGAUCUUCUCACUUCUUGCAAGUCCACGGAACCGGCACAAUUGGAGAAUGCUGAAAAGGGUGACAAUGAGGCAAAUGUCACCGCUCCACCGUCAAUUGAUGAACUUCUGGAGAGGUUGAAGAAGGGAGGGUUCAAGUUCCCAGUGGAGAAGACGCAGAGCUCUGACGUUCCUGCUGCCCCUUCAGCGGGGUCUUCAACCACAGCUGUGUCGACAAGUGGGACAUCAACAACGCCCAACACCACCACGGCCACUGCAGUGGCUAGCACCAUGUCUCCUCUAGACCAGGCGGUGGCUUCGUUCUUGGCUUCAUCGGCAUCAGUUCCUUCUGCACCGUCGUCCUCCCCGUCAGCCGCCUCACCUGCGUCCACCACCACCGUCACAACCACCACCCCCAUUGAUAGCUCGUCAUCAGUGUCCAGCCUCAUUCCGUUGGAGACUGUCUCCUCAUCUUCUUCCUCAAGUUCCUCCAUGCCUGCUGCACCAAAGAUGGAGGAGGUGGCGGUAGCAGCAGCUGCCAGUUUGGAUGUUGAUCUUCGGCAACAGCAGCCCGGCCCCACACCAACGGCCUCGGUCACUGUAGAAUUAGCCAGGAACUCUGUCCCUGUGGCUCCAUCUCCUAAACAGUCACCUGCAUCACGGUUUGGGAGUAUUGAUGCCUCUGUAGUCGCUCAGGAUGUUGACGAUCGGAUAUCUCUUGACCGCGAUGAGCGCCAGAAUCGGCCCCCUCAAGCGCCGGUUGGCCCAAAACAUCCGCUGGACCCACAAGCGUUCCCGCCUCUGCCUGGUGAUCCUGGCAGGUACCCUCCCCUCCCUCCUCCUCCUUCACGACCGCCAGUUCCGCCCGACAUGAGGAGCAUGAGUCUGCCCCACCCCCCACCUCCGCACGGCCCCUUACAUCCGCGGUUUCCCCUCCCCCCUCACAUGGACCCCCACCCGCCCUAUCUCAGUCAUCCGCAGCGACCAGUAGUCCCCAAAGGCCGCGCUCAGCCCCCGCCACCAGGCACAGAGUUUGACAAGCCGGCCGAGGUGAUGGGCAUCACCGACAGCUUCCCGCCCUCCGACGUGGACAUGAGGGGGCGAGGAGGGGCCCGACCCCCACCACUGCCGCAGCAGCAGCAACCUCCCGACCAGCCCCCUCUGCCGCCUCAACCCCCUCCCCCGUUGCCACCGCUCCCCUCGGCGAUGGGCCAUCUCCCGCCUCCAAAGUACCCUCCGUACCCACCACCCCCAGGGGACAUAGACUUUAGGAAUAUGGGUCACGAGUACGGGCCAGGCCACAACCCCCAUCCGUACCACCAUCCAGAUGACAGAGAUCCCAGGGGAAGGCGAGGGGGGAGACCGUACAGACACUGAACUCUCAUUUUUAUUUUUAUUUUUUUCCCAAGGAAAGAUGAACAUGAUCAUCAUCAGCGUAUUAGCUGGUUACUUUACAGAGUUGCUUCUUCCAUCAUCGUUAUGUGCGCUGUCCAUAUCAGCAUGCAAGAUAUUAUUGACAUUUUUAUUUUGUUUUCAAAAUGUUCCGUUUUGUUUUUCAAUGUUAUCUCCUUUGUGUUUGUUCAGAACAUGGAUCUGAAGUGUUAGUAUUUGAUAUCGAAAGUUCUUGUAAGUUCUUGAAGAGAGGUUCCAGCAGUGUUCUUUACUGUUUCAUAUAUAUGAAACUGGAUUUCUGUUUUCUUUGCGUAGUCGAGUUGUAAGUCCCCAGGACCCAGUAGUUAUGAGACUGAUUCGUGUUGUCCAAGUUGUAAAGACUGAGUGCUCAUAGUGUUUAAAAUAACAGGAUGUAUUGUUUUUAAAAUGUUUUGCCAAGUUUGACACCAAUUUUUAUACAAUUUUGAGAAAGGGACGUGAGUUAGCAUGUAAAUGAAAAAUGGUCUGCUCUUGUUUUGCCCCGGGUGGGUCGUACAUGUUCGUCCUAGUACAUCUCUAUUUUUAGCAUGCUUCAUGAAAGAAAAGAAGUGAUAAAAUAUAUAUAUAUAUAUAUAUAUAUAUAUAUGUUUAAAGUUUCUUUCCAUUGUCAGUGGUUAAAAUGUCACAUGUGUGAAGCCAAAUUUUGCCUCCCACUACUGGUUACUAUUUUGUCUGUUGAACCCAACUUUAUUUGCUAUGACUAUCAUCAAUGAUAGUACAUAACAAGAUGGGCCACUUCUCUCUUUGAGCCAAUUAAAAAAGUGUCCUCAAAAUUUGGU